UAUUAUCUCAUCAACAUUACAAGGUGAUGGGCACUUUCUUCCACUCUUGAUGCUUUUUUUGGUUGAUCAGAGUUCAGUGAAGCAGAAACAAUCAGUUUUAGCAAAACUACAAAUUGUUUUUCUUCCAAUCUCUUCCUUUCACACCACAAUUCUCACUCACUGAGAGAUUGUCAAAAAAGACAAUACAACUGUCUCUGAUUCGCCUUGUUCUGUGCUGUGUGUUCAACUGAUUAUUGCUUCAUGUUUUUGUUUUGUUUUGUUUUGUUUCAUAUCUCAUCAUUCAACUUUCAUAGAUAUCAACAAAAAAAAUACAAACUUCAGGGAACCACUCACAAAGACAAUACAGUCCCUGGUUUAAUUUGAAGUUUGGACUGGUUUCUUAAGAUAUGAAUUGGGUUUUGUUUCAUCCAAAUUUUUACCCUUUUUUUUUCUUUCUGUUCAUAAAGUAUCAAACUUUAUGAGUUUUUAGAAGUGGGUUUUGUGAUUGGAAUUCUGGGUUUGCUUCAAUUUUUGCUUUUGUGUGUUUGGUGGUUCAGUUUUUUGAAUGUUCUGCCAAAGAAGUGAUUUUUGGUUUUACCUUGAAUCUUUAGUGAAGAAAAGUUGGUGAAUUUUUUUUCAAGGAUGUCUGUGAAUGGAAGAGUUUCUGCUUCAAAUGGAAGAUUGUCACAGAAAAUCAAAUCUAGGAAAGGAAAUGAGUCUUCUUUCCAUGUGUCUAAUUCUACUUGGACAUGUUUGUGGAAACCAUUUCUCUUUUGGGUUUUUGGUGUUUUUGUUGCUAUAGGGAGUGUUUGGUUUAUCUUUAAUAGUUUCAAUUACAAGCCUUUGACUAAUGAAGCAGCUUGUGAAAAAAGUACACAAACGUUGCUACAACGUUACAAUGUCAGUAGGAAACAGCUUCAUGCUUUGGCUUCCUUGUUCUCUGGAUCAGAUCAGAUUUUGUCCAACUGUAUUGAUGAAAAAAGGAUUCAAAUACUGUUAAGCAGUGGCAUAGUCAACACUCCACAUUCAAUUUGUCCGAAGAGUCAAGAGUUUUCGAAGGAGAGUCAAUGUGUUGCAGAGUCUCUAGAAGAAUGUCCGGUUCGUGAUGAUUUCGUUGAGGCAAGGACUGGAUUAUCAUUCUCUUUCCCAUGGAAAACAUAUGUGACUUUGGAUUUCGUGCCGUGGUCCAAGUUGGUUAAUGUUUUGCUCUGUUGGAUCGUUAUUGUAGUUAUAAUGUCACUCAAGUUGUCUGGCUUGUGUUUAAUAAGUAGGAGUCCGAGGCAGAAGCUACGUCAGGAUAAUCGAGCUGGUCAACAAAAGCCGCUUCAACAUAUUACGCAUGGUCAUUCGAAGGCUGCUGGGAGGUGGAGAAAAAAGUUGCUAGUUAUUUUCGUCUCACUUGGAAUUGUCGGUUCCGCGUGGCUAUUUUGGCACCUGAAUUCUGAUAUUGUGCAAAGAAGAGAAGAAAUGCUUGCCACUAUGUGUGACGAGCGAGCCGGUAUGCUGCAAGAUCAAUUUAAUGUGAGCUUGAACCAUGUUCACGCUCUCGCUAUUCUCGUGUCUACAUUUCAUCAUGGUAAACAUCCUUCUGCAGUCGACCAGAAUAUUUUUGGAGAAUAUACCGAGAGUUCUGCAUUUGAGAGACCACUUACGAGUGGUGUUGCUUAUGCUUUGAAAGUUCUGCAUUCCGAUAGGAUGAAUUUUGAGAAGCAGCAUGGGUGGACAAUUAAGAAAAUGGAAACCGAGAACGAGGCAUUAGUUCAAGAUUGUAUUCCGGAAAGCUUGGAUCCGGCGCCCAUUCAAGAUGAAUAUGCACCAGUUAUAUUUGCUCAAGAAACCGUUUCUCAUAUUGUAUCAAUUGACAUGAUGUCAGGGAAGGAAGAUCGGGAGAAUAUUUUGCGAGCAAGGGCGUCCGGAAAGGGUGUUCUGACAUCCCCGUUUAAACUACUAAAGUCCAAUCACUUAGGUGUUGUACUUACGUUUGCUGUCUAUGGCUCUAAGCUUCCUCCAGAUGCUACACCCAAACAGCGUACUGAAGCUACUGUCGGGUAUUUGGGUGCAUCUUACGAUGUUCCGUCAUUGGUAGACAAGCUUCUUCACCAACUUGCCAGCAAGCAAACUAUUGUUGUUAAUGUUUACGACACAACUAAUGCAUCUGCGCAUAUUACAAUGUAUGGUACCGAUGUUGUUGAUACUGGCCUACUACACGUAAGCGGUCUAGAUUUUGGGGAUCCGCUACGAAAACAUGAAAUGCACUGCAGGUUUGUUUUCACUAUAAAGUUCUAUUUUAUGAUCAAACAAGAAUUGAAUUGUCAUAUCGGUAUAUUUUUAAUUUUUUUUGCCAGGUUCAAGCAUAUGCCUCCAUUUCCUUGGACAGCAAUCAAUGCAUCCGUGGGAGUUUUUGUUAUUACCUUGCUUCUUGGACAUAUAUUUCAUGCGGCAAUAAAUCGAAUAGCUCAAGUAGAGGAUGACUAUCGUCGGAUGAAAGAGCUCAUGGUUCGCGCUGAGGCUGCAGAUGUCGCAAAAUCUCAGUUUCUUGCGACAGUUUCGCAUGAGAUCAGGACUCCAAUGAAUGGUGUUUUAGGUAUGCUGCAAAUGUUGAUGGAUACUGACCUUGAUGACAAUCAGAUCGAUUGUGCCCAAACUGCUCACGAUAGUGGUAAAGAUCUUAUAUCGGUCAUAAGUGAGGUUCUCGAACAAGCUAAGAUUGAGGCCGGAAGGCUUGAACUCGAAGCUGUAGCUUUUCAUCCACAUGCUAUUCUUGAUGAAGUUCUAUCACAUUUCUCUGAAAAAUCCAUUGAAAAACGAAUCGAGUUGGCUGUUUAUGCGUCCAAACAAGUACCUCAAGUUGUCAUCGGUGAUCCUAAACGCUUCCGGCAAAUAAUUACCAAUCUUGUCGGAAACUCACUUAAGUUCACUCACGAUAAAGGACAUGUUUUUGUCUCGAUUCAUCUUUCAAAUGAAGUGAAGAAUCCACUUCAUAUCAUGGAUCCAGUGCUGAGAGAAGGCUUAAACACGAGUCACGACAUAUCGGAAAGAACAUGUAACACGUUGAGUGGAUUUCCGGUAGGCAACAGAUGGGAAAGCUGGGAAGAUUUUAAAAAGUUAAAUUUGGCAGAAGAGUCUGAAACUGUUCAACUACUAGUAACGGUUGAGGACACUGGUAUAGGAAUUCCGACCGAUGCACAAAGCCGGAUAUUCACGCCUUUUAUGCAGGCUGAUAGUUCUACAUCUCGAACAUACGGUGGAACUGGAAUAGGAUUGAGCAUUAGUAAAUGUCUAGUUGACCUCAUGGGAGGAGAAAUUGGAUUUGUAAGUGAGCCUGAAAUCGGAAGUACUUUUUCGUUUACAGGAAAUUUCAGAAAAGGAGAAACCGAAUCUCGUGAUGGAAAGUUGCAGAAGAACAAUCCUGAGUUCCAAGGAUUGAAAGCUUUAGUAGUAGAUAGAAGAAAAAUCCGAGCCGAGGUUACACGUUAUCACCUGCAGAGGUUAGGGAUGUCUGUGGAUGUAAAUUUUUGUCUAUCCGAAACUUGUAACUCAAGUAUGUCAACACGACUGGCCAUGAUUCUUAUAGAGAAGGAUUGUUGGGACAAGGAAAGUAGUAGCUUAUACGAAAUCAAGAAACACGUACAUAAUGGCAUCAAAGAGGACCCGUUAAAGUUUUCGAAGAUUUUUCUCCUGUCCACCCAUCUAAGCUUCGGCGAGCGCAACGAGCUGAAGUCAGAUGGUAUCGUAGAUGAUAUACUAAUGAAGCCUCUUUGGCUAAAUGCUUUGAUUCGAUACUACAGAGAAUCCCUUGGAAUUGGGAGAAAACAAAUCACUAGAAAGAAAGUAUCCAAACUUGGAAAUUUGUUAAUACACAAACGAAUUUUGGUGGUUGAUGAUAAUGCGGUGAACAGAAAAGUUGCAGAAGGUGUUCUGCGGAAAUACGGGGCCGUAGUUACUUGUGUUGAGGGCGGUAAGGCUGCUCUAAAGAUGCUUAAACCACCGCAUAAUUUUGAUGCUUGUUUCAUGGAUCUCCAAAUGCCAGAAAUGGACGGUUUUGAGGUGACGAGGCAAAUCCGGUAUAUGGAAAACGAGGUAAAUGAAAGAAUCGCUUGCGGGCAAGCAUUGGCAGAGAUGUUUGGCAACAAUUCUCAUUGGCACACUCCAAUAUUAGCUAUGACAGCUCAUGUAACUCCGGCGUCAAAUGAAGAAUGCAAAAAAUGUGGGAUGGACGACUACGUGUCAAAGCCAUUCGAAGAAGAGCAGCUCUAUAUGGCAGUUGCACGAGUCUUCAAUUUCGGGUCAUAGUAUGGAAGUAAGAUAUACUAUUGACACCCUGCAAUACUAGCUACACAGCAGCUGAUGUUAACUCGUCUUCCAUCGAAGAAUUCAGCGUAAUGGACCUCGGCUGCGGCCUUGUGUAGUUAUUAAAGUUGUGAUUUCGACUGCAAUAUUACUCGGAUGAGUAUCAACCGCGCUAUUCAUCACUCGUUGCAGGGGAAUAAGAGUUCAACCGGAGUCAUAAUUCAACUAUGUACAUGUUUCACAUCUCUUGUUUUUUUGGUUGUCUAGUUGUUUCGAGCAAGUAGGUUACAAGAUAAAAUGUAAAUAGUUAUGUGAUGAUUAAUUCAUUUUUUGGGGGCUAAGAUUGUAAGUAACAUGUUGUAAAGUUCAGUUACUACAGAAUACAGAAGUAUGGGAUAUAUGUAUAUCAA